AUGGCAGAAAGAAAGGUUUUGAACAAAUAUAUUCCCCCGGACUUUGAUCCGGAUAAAUUAAUGGAAAAAAAGAGACAAAUGAAAAAAAUAGAAAAGAAAAAUAAUAAAAAUAAUAAAUAUAAUAAAAAGAAAAAGAAAUUUUUAAACAUAAGAAUGAUGUAUCCAUUUACAUUAAAAUGUAGUAAAUGUAAAGCCUUUACUUAUGUUGGUACAAAAUUUAAUUCAAGAGUUGAAAAAUUAAAAGAUGAAACAUAUUUAAAUAUUCCAAUUUGGCAAUUUUAUGGAAAAUGUUCAGAAUGUAGAAAUGAAUUUGUUUUUAAAACCGAUCCUAAGAAUGGAGAUUAUAUAUUAAUAGAAGGGGGUAUAAGAACAUAUGAUGCUCAUAAAGAACAAGAAGUAGCUGAUGAAUAUUAUAGAACAAAUGAAAAUGGUAAAGAAGAAGAUAAAGUAAAAAAUAUUGAAAAACAAUCAUAUAAUGCUUUACAAGAAUUAAAAACUAAUGAACAAUUAGAAGAAUUACAAAAUAUGAAUAAAAGACAUAUUGAUAAAUUUAGUAGUAUAAAUAAAGCAUUAAAUAAAUUAUAUGAAAAAAAUGAAAUGGAAAAUAAUAAAAAUAAUAUAUUUAUGAAUAAUCUCGAUUCUGAAGAUGAACAAAAAUUCUUUGACCUUCUUAAUAAAAAUAGAAAAAUAGCAAAUACAACUCAAAAUAUUAUGAAUAUAAAAUCAUCUAACCCUCAUGUUAUUAUAAAGGAGGAUGAGUUUGAAGAGGAGGUGGUUGAUAUUGAUGAGAUGGCUGAUAUGGAUGAAAUGGAUGGGAAAUCUGUAAAUUUCACAGACAAAUAUAAUUCGAUAAAUAAAAAGGAAGAAAAUGGAAUAAAUAAUAAUGUAGAAAAAGAUAAAAUAUCUUUCAAGCGUAAUAACAUAACAAAUAAUACAACAGGGAUAAAUAUAAACAAUAAAUCUAUUUUUUCAAAAAAGCCUUUGGAAACACAUUAUAAGUUUAUUAUUAAAAAAAAAGAAAAUAUUUCAACACUUUUGAAUGAGUACAAUUCCGAUAGUUCUGAUGAUAAAUAA